AUGAGUGUAUCUGGAUUCUCAACGAACCUAACAUAUCGGGACCACCUACAGUUUUACAUGUACAGCGCGAUGAUCUACAUGGCUCUCCAAAAGUGGGAGCAAGCGUCCCACUGCCUGAGUGUGGUAAUAUCGGCACCAACCGCCAAGUCCGUUAGCAAAAUCAUGGUCGAAGCAUACAAGAAGUGGAUUCUGGUUAACCUUCUGGGACACGGAAAGCUUCCGCUUACCCCCGGCUUGGUAGCUGCACAUGUCAGUCGGGUAUACCUGUCGUUGGCAAGACCAUACAUCUCGCUGGCCGAGGCAUUCGAGAAAGGCGAUUUGCAAAAAUUGAAUGCCGAAAUCAACCUAGGGCAAUCGAUUUGGCGGACCGAUAAUAAUGCCGGGCUUGUUUCCCAAGUCUCUGGAGCAUUCGAUAAGUCCUUGAUCAUUAAGCUAGGACGAACAUUCUCUGCGCUCACGAUGUCCGAUGUGCUGCAACGGGCUUCAUCUUUCCCCCAAGGUGUCCAGGACGUCGAGGAAUUCGUCGUAUCGUUAGUGAUGUCAAAUGAAUUGAAAGCCACACUAUCUCACUCUGCGAGAAAUGAAACCACUACAAUGUUGCGUUUUCCUCUGAGAACACAGAAUCAUGGUUUUAGGGAAGAGUAUAUACGCGCAAGGCUUAUGCGGAUAAGGGCCGCGUUGCAUACGAUUUCCCGAGGAAUAGCCCAGACCGGACAAGCACUAGAGUUCUCUCAAGAGGGUCUUCAUUUCAUAACGAAGAACCAGAAGUGGAAUGGCAACUCUGAGAAACCCGGCGGCGUGGGAUCUGGCGAGGCAGAUGGCGGCGGUGACAUAGAUGAAGAUCUCAUGGGGGACGGUCAUUGA